CCGCACGAGGUCGUGCUGCCCUCUGCGUUCGGAGUGCUGCCCCAGGCGUACGCCCCACUGCCCCCGCUGCCGCCGCUGCCGCCCCUGUCGGCGCCCGGCCUCAGCACGCACCCCGCCGUGGUGCUGCGCUCCCUCAACGCCGACGUGCCCCUGCUGCUGCCGGCGCUGCCGGCCACCCCCACGCCGCUGCCCGCGCUGCCCGUGGCGCCCGCCGUCCCCGUGGACCACGUGUCCCCCGUGCUGCGCGCGGGCGCGCCCGCCAUCCUGCUGCUGCCGCAGACGUCCUCCAGCGGCGUGUACCACCUGUCCGACCAGCAGCACCGCUUCCCGCCCUUCCUGGAGAACGUGGUGAACCGCGUGCAGAACCUGUUCUCGUCGUACGUGCAGGUGGACCCUUUCAAUACGCCGUUCGGGACGCCACGACCCCCGACGGCCUCCGCGGCCGCCACCGCCGCUCCGGCGUCUGGCGACGGCAACGCCUCGACGGCGGACAUCACCACCACCACGACCACCACCACGUCGGCGCGCACGCAUGGCCGCGGCAUCAACCUCCGCCUCAGUCCCGGCGUGCCCGGCGUCGCUGCCCCUGGAGGCCCUGGAGGCCUGCCCCGCGACGUGGAGCUGCUCGACGGCAGGCUGCAGCAGCAGACGGCCUCUGACGGCGCGGACUCCCGGCCGGGGCAGCCCGUCGCCUUCGCGCAGGCCACGGCCCAGGUCCACCAGCAGCCCCUCGGGCCCGAGUCGGAGGUCGACAGCUACCUGCCCGUCGGCAACGCCAACAAGGGCAGCAAGGACAAGGGCGACAAGGGCACGGCCGUGGACGAGAGGCCGCCGCCGCCCGCCACCCGCCCGCCGUCGCCCUACGGCUACGGCCGCGGGGUGAGGGGGCCCCCGCGGGGGCAGCACCCGGGGGACAAGUCGUACUACAGGCGGCCGUGA